GAACCACCUGAUAUAGUAGAUGCCAUCGGGACAGGACUGGGACUGGAGGAUCUUCUUCUUCUUUCUACUUGUUGCUUUUUGUAUCUCUUCACCUUCACCUUCACCUGAGUGAUCAUGUAACCACGCUUCUAGGGAUAUUCGCAAAUGCUCUGCCCUCGGUGGGGAAUAUUACAAUACUUCAACAAUCAACCGCUGCUCUCAUUAAGCAAAGGUGGGGUUGGGGGGACCCAUUGUUGGUGGUAUCUAAUCUAAUCUUAUUGUGAUUGCCUCUGGGGGUGGGGUGAACAUUAUCUACACCAACAACCAACCUACUUUGGGAAUUUCGGACUACGUCUUUCUCUUGUUUCUUUUGAACUUUUCCAAAAAACAAUUCCUCGGCCCAUGGAUUUCUAGGCCAAACCCAAAGUUAACGUUCCCGGCCCAUUCAAAUUUUAACGGAUAGUCUCAGAUCAGAUAUAGGAAAUUCAAAACUGAAUUUUUUAUAUAUAUUUUGUCUUGGGAUGAGCGAGAAAUUCAAAAGUGUGGAAUGAACGAAUGAAUCUCUACUCGCUGUAGUAAGGUAGGGCCAGCGCACGCUUUCCUCCAAGUCAUCCCAUCUCUUUAUAUACAUAUAUAAUAUUCAAAUUCAGAAAGGUAAAUACAAAUACAGUAAGAGGAAGAAUUGGUAACGGUCAUAUUUCUCAAGAAAGAAACUUGAAGAUUUGAAAGAAACCCUCUUUAUCUUUUUUUUUUAUAAGUUGUCUUGUUAGUGUGUCAAGUCGUUGUAUCGUAUUGUAAAUUGAAAUUGCAGUGUUAUGGAGUUGUUUGACCCAGAGACGGAGUUCCUUGUGUCGAAGCGAGAGACGGGGAACGAGUGGGAACUGUUCAAGGAAAAUGUAAGGCCUCUGAAGCGAGGCCGAAAGAUUGAGCUCUUAAACAGUGCCCUCAAGUCCCACAGUCACAAUCUCCUCGGCAAGUCGUCCCUCCUUCAUCAUCGAAGGCAGUUGAUUGAAGCCAUUGAUGACUACAAAGGAGAUGAUCCUCUCCACCCAUGGAUCCAGUGCAUCAAAUGGGUCCAGGAAGCAUUUCCACCUGGUGGAGACUCAUCUGGAUUGGUUGUAAUAUAUGAACAAUGCGUUCGCACCUUUUGGCAUUCAGACCGCUACAGAGAUGAUCUCCGCUAUUUGAAAGUUUGGUUGGAAUAUGCUGAAAAUUGUGUUGAUGCUCAAGUCAUAUACAGUUUUCUGGAUGCUAAUGGAAUUGGGAAGACACAUUCCCAAUACUACAUAUCCUAUGCUUUGCACUUGGAAUCCAAUAAUAAACUCAAACUUGGAAAUGAGAUAUUGAAUCUUGGGAUAUCUAGGAACGCCCAACCCAUAGAGAAAUUGAAGGAUGCCUAUAGGAAGUUUCUUGCACGCUCAAUGACAAGACAAAAUGCUACCGCUGAGGAUGCAAUGGAGAAAUGCUUACCAGUUCGAAGCUUUGGAACCGUCCUGGCUAGGGGAGAAAAUCGAACACAAACCAGUCAGAACUCUGAUAUGUCCAAGAAAAAUUCAAAGCAAGAUAGGGGGGGUUAUGCUGCUCCAUUUAACAUCUAUAAAGAUUCAAGUGUUGUUGAUACUGCAAUGCUUCAGCAGCAAGAUAUAUCAGAGACAGACCUAAAUUCUUGGCUCUCUCUUGGUGGCCGAGCGGAGAGAAAUAAAGAAAAUAAUGCAAUCCCCACGAAGUGGACAUCUUACAAGAUUCCACAAAGACCAGGCCCCAGAACUGGAGGAACAAGUGCUUGUAUUGAGGUGUUCGUUGAUGAAGAAUGUGAAGAAAUGAAGCACAAAAAGAACAUGGAGAGUGGCAAGUCUUCAACGUUGAAGCUUAGACAAGGGGAUGAACGGGACCUCAAAAAAGAAGCGGAGUUGUUGAGGGAGAACCCAUUACGCUAUUUUCCCCCAGCCAGCCUUCCUAGAUGAUGAUAUUAUAUUAUCAGCUUUUAUCUCUAAAAGCCUGACUCAUUUUAUAUGGUUUUGGCCCUUGUGGUUAAUUCACUUUGCUUUUUUAAUUCAUGUUUGCAGUCAAUAUUCCUCAGCAAUGGUAUGAAGUUGCUGAAAAUGGGAGUUUCAAUGUUUUUACUAGUUAGGAGGGACUUCAAAUCUGAAUUUUAACCUCAAUUGAGAACUAUCUAUCAUUUGUGGUUUCA